AUGCUGCGCAGGUCGAUUGCCGAACAUUCGCGCGGCACCAAGUCGACGCUAACGCGAAGCACUCUGACCGAAGUGGACGUCGAGGAAGAAAUCGAUGACAGCGAUUACGGUGACGUCACCAAUGUUCACGACCAAAGCAAGCAGAUUGUCGAGUCGCUGCUCGCUACAAUCGACACCCAGAAAAAGAAAAUCGCCUCAUACAAGAACCGAGUAGAGGAGUUGGAGGAGAUGAAUGCAGACUUGGAGGACGAUCUGAGACAGGAGCUGGCGGUCGAGUAUGGCAAACUCAUCAAAACAAUCGAAGAUCGGCUGAAGCAGCGCAUCGGAGACAAGGAGAAGGUAAUCGAAGAGAAAGACAGAAUGAUAGCCAAGCUGGAGAGUCGUAUCAACUGUGAGCUCGAUGCUGAGACUGGUCCUGGCCAAUCGGCUAGAAAGAAACGAAAGGUUUUUGAUUGUUCGUUGUCGAUGAUUGAAUGUGUAGAUGACGCCAACAGCUCUCAAGUUGAAGAUGAUGUAGCUAUUCUCAGAGAGGAGAACAACUUAUUGAAAAACGAUUUAUCAAGCCUCAAAUCGAAUUUGGCUCACUACAAUAAUGAGAAUUUAGAGCUAAACAAGAAGUAUGCUGAGAUAAAGCUGAUGCGCAGAAUCGAGAACAUUGCGACGUUGAGGGAAGCGGUGCAGGAUGAAGAUAUACAGCGUAUUUUAGAUGAGAUGGACAACAUGAAGGAGAAGUUUGAAGCGGAAGUGAGCAAAAGAAAUGCACUGAUCAAGGAGGCAAUGGAUGAGAUGAAAUACCUCGAGGCCGACUAUAACGAAGUGCGAACUGAGAAUGGAAAGCUGGAAGGCGAUUCACUAGUCGCCAGAGAUGAAUUGGAGGAUGCCAAGCGCUCUUUAGACAUCGCCAACCAGAUUUCUGCCAAGAAAUCAGAGGAAAAUCACGAACUGGAAUUAAAGCUCGAACAACUGGAAACCGACAAUGAGAAACUGAACUAUUACAUAGAACUUGCACAAGCUGAGAUCAAGUGUCUGCAAGAAAAGUUAAUGUUGUUGGAACGAAAUCGGACUCAAAGUGUUGACAUCUUCGAUUACAAUAGAAACAGCAACAGCAUUGUGAUGGAUGCGCAGAGCACUAAGCUCGACGACAAUACACACAACACAUUAUGUAAGCAGUUGCAAAAGGUUUCGCUGGAAUUGGGCACUCCAGGGGUGGCAGAUGAGCACUUGCAUAAAGAGGAGAAAAUAAAUUUGGAAUUCAAAAUUGUUGAUCUCACAGAAGAGAUAGAACGUCUAAAAGAUGAAAACGAAGCUCCUAAGUCACAAUUCAAUAGAAAACUCACGGAACUGUCACUUGAAAUCAAUGAAAUCAAAACGUUCCAUUCAAAAACCGUUGAUUUGAUAGAUGAUUUCGAGAAAGAAAAGGCACUCUUUGUAAAAGCAAUUGAGAAAUUGAACGUAGUCAAUGAAAUGCAGGCAGAAGAAAUUGAACGGCUGAGAGAAGUAAUAGACGUGAAAAAUGUAGAACUGGAGCAGCGCAAAUCUGCAUUGGGGAAUAAUCAAAAGCAGCUUAGCAACUCAGAGAAAGUUAUUCCUGAAUUGCAAGAAAUGGCAUCAACCUUGAAAACUUCAAAUGCCCAGCUAAUCACUUGUAAUAGGGAACUCGCUGACAAAAAUGAACAAUUAGUCAAACAACUUGAAUCAAAGGAUGAGGCUUACGAAUGCUUAGCGCACAAGUUAAGUGAUUCUGAAGCGAAGCAUGAAAGUUUGUCGAACUUAAUAGACACUAGAGAACGUCGAAUCAGAGAGUAUGCAGAAGAGAAUAAGCAAUUGAUUGAGCAACGCGAAAAUCUAUUGCAGAAAUUAAACGAGCUGCAAAUAAAUCAUGAUUGUUUGCUGAAUGAAGUAAGCACUUCCAACGGAGAAUACGCCGAGAAAAAUAAGCGAUUGGUUGAGGAACUGCAAACGACAAAUGAGAAAUGCGAGAGUCUUUUACAGAGAAUUGUUGUAGUUGAAGCUGAUGAAGAGCGUUUGAUAAAUGAAACAGGUGUCACUAACAGGGAACACUUGCAACGAAUUGACCAACUUAUGAAAGAGCUGCAAUUGAAGAGUGAAGCAGAUGAUAUUCAAUUUCAGACAUUGAAAAAUCUAGAAUCAAAUAAUGAGCGCUUAGUGAUAGAAGUAGGUAAUUUGAAACGUAGCAAGGAAGAGUACGUCGAUAAAAAUCACCAAUUGGAGGAAGAGUUGAAAACCAAGAACGAAAAGUACGAAAGUAUUCUACAAAAGUUUAACAACUUGAAAGCAAAACACGAGUGUUCCAUGAAAGAGAUGGAUACAAAAGAAAGCAACCUUCGUCAAGUUGAAAACGAGCUUAUGACUGUUAGGAAAGAUUUGGAGCUGAAAAAUGGUGAAAUUCGAAAACUUCAGAUAUUGAGUGAAACUUGUAAGAGCCAUACGACUAAUGAAAAGCCACGCACCUCUUCCAACACGAAAGUGAAGGCAAUCGAGCAUUCAGACGGUGAUGCGGACGAUGCCUUCGUCUCUCCACCGCACCGUGAAAACAAUCGACCUGCAGCUAAUACUAAAUCCGAACGCCCAUCGAGAAUAUCCAGAACCAAAAUUGGUGAAUCGGCUCAAAUGAAAACGCUUACCAUUUCUGCUAGGAAAACUAAGAGAGUCACUCGAUCGGCGGCAUCUACGCAAGCUCAGAGUGUAUCAUCAUCGCCACCACCUGCCCAGAUUCAGAAGAAUUUGCAGUCAGACAUGAACAUGACAAGCCCCGCAGUGAGCGUUAGUAGACGUCUUCUCGCUCAACCAAACGCGAUGCCUCAAAUUUCCAUGGAAGAAUUUCCUGAUGAGCCUCAAAUGGACAGUGAGUCGCCCGUGUCAAUAUUGAACAGUUUGACCGGAACCCCAUCACCCAAUCGUAAACUCAGAACCAGAAGGAAGAAACAGUUCUAGUCUACUUUCAUUGUAACUUGGCUCACAUGAUCAAUGUCUUCUACUCACAUUUAUGAUUAGUAUUUCGAUCGACGUAGCCGAUUACUGUACAGUAAUAUAAUAUGAUUUUAAUUAAUUCAUAAGUUCUAGAGGUGAUCUCUUAUUAGAAGAUAAUAAGAGUAUAUUGUUAUCGUUAAUAGAUACUGUUUACAAUCUGUGGCCUGGUGCAUGAACUACCAAUGUAAAUUGAGAUUGACCUUGUCAAUAACAUUGAUAGUUUUUUCACCAAGUCACAGAUAUUUCAUAUCGUUGAAAAAAAUUAUUUAGUGCUAAGACGUAUUUACGAGUCAAAAAACGUUGUUCCAUGUGUAUGUGUUGAGUGUUUGUUUACCAAUAAGUGUAUUAUGUUGUAAAAUGAAUUCAAGGAGAAGUGUGUUGCAACAUCUUGUAAAGAUUAAAAGAAAAUUUGAUUAAAUAAUGGAUAAUAUGAAAUAUAACCUGUGCUCAUUUUUUUGAAUGAUAAACUAUUUUUAUGUUAGAAGUUGUUAAUGUGCCAUUAAUUUUCUGGGCAACAAUCACUCAUUUCAAUUAUUUGUUUUUUUUAGGAAAUUAGUUCAAUCUUAAAAUUAUCCAAAAUUUUGUUACCCAAUAUGUGACAAAUAAUAUAUUUUUUAAAUGUGAUUAAUAGUAUGUGUUUCUGCUCAAUUUAGUUUCAAUCUCUUCUUCGCUUUUGAACAUAUUUGUGCUGUAUUAAUAAAUACGUUUCGUUUUGCUUUGUUGUAUGUACAAAUGUAUUAUAAAUAUAAUAAAUGAACGUCGUGUUGUACAAAUAAAUGACCUAGGUACUAGAUUCUUAUGUACAAAUUUACUUCAUAUUAGAACAACAUUUUACCGUGAGACAAUAUUGUUGCUGUACCUGCCAAAUAAAGUUGUAUUUG